AUGCGUGCAACCGCAGACAACACCUACAAACCACCACGCCGGACCAGGGCCGUCCUGGCCCUGGCCACCAGGCACGGUGUUGGCGUAGCUUUUUGCUGUUCUGCUCCUAUGUUUGCCGAGCAGCUCAUUUUACAGGCAGCCCCCCGCGCGACCGCCGCGCCGUGCCUCUGUCCAGCCAGGGGGGAGGUCCACGCCCAGCUGCGGUGUGGGUUCUCGCUGUGCUGUGCUGGGCGGCGCGCUGGCGCGCUCGAGCCGUUCUCGCGCGGGUGGCAGGGGGGCGACGGAGGAAUAUUCAUGAUACGGCAUAGCCAGCCGUCGAUUGAAGUCGAUUGA